AGUCUUCCACUUCUCCCUAUCAAUUGCUUUUGUAAUAUUGUUUUAACAUGUAUUCUGACUGUCAACACCCUGUAUGCUAUUAGAGAAGAUACCGUAUGUAUUCUUCAUACAUUGAAAAUAUUAACGUCAAUUUCCCCUAUCACCUCUCGCCUUUUUUUUUUCUUUUUUUCUGUCCACCAGGAAUUGAUGUGGAGCAGGUAUCGGUGGUGAUCAAUUUUGACCUGCCUGUAGACCAGGAGGGUAACCCAGACAACGAGACCUACCUUCAUAGGAUUGGCCGCACGGGUCGGUUCGGCAAAAGGGGGCUGGCCAUCAACAUGGUGGACAGCAGAAUGAGUAUGAGCAUUCUCAACAGGAUCCAGGAGCAUUUUAAUAAGAAAAUUGAAAAACUCGACACACACGAUCUGGAUGAAAUUGAGAAAAUCGCCAACUGAAAGACAAGUGUGCUGACAAAGUGGACGCCAGCUAGACUUGCGCUCUGCAAAGACUAAGCAAAUUCGAAAAAUGGCAACCCCAGAAAACACUCCUCAAGAUGCAUACAAUGAGCUGAGGGCCAUUUACAAGACGGAGCUGGCGAAAGCCCGUGCGGCUCUGGUCUUAGAGGCCACAGAGCGUGAACGUCUGCAGGUGGAGUUGUCCAAGCUGAGGAUUGAUUUUGACGAGCUGGAAGCAAGGGACACGAAGAAAGAAUCCGAUCUGGCUAAAGCCCGUGCGGCUCUGGUCUCAGAGGCCACAGAGCGUAAACGUCUGCAGGUGGAGUUUUCCAAGCUGAAGAUUGAUUUUGACGAGCUGGAAGCAAGGGACACGAAGAAAGAAUCCAAUCUGGCGAAAGCCCGUGCGGCUCUGGACUCAGAGGCCACAGAGCGUGAACGUCUGCAGGUGAAGUUGUCCAAGCUGAAGAUUGAUUUUGACGAGCUGGAAGCAAGGGACACGAAGAAAGAAUCCGAUCUGGCGAAAGCCCGUGCGGCUCUGGACUCAGAGGCCACAGAGCGUGAACGUCUGCAGGUGAAGUUGUCCAAGCUGAAGAUUGAUUUUGACGAGCUGGAAGCAAGGAAGUCGCAUUACAUUCAAAUCCUUAAAGAUGAGCUGGAGUUUGAAAAGAAGCUGCAUUCCGCGGACUUGCGCAUGGUCCAAAGCCAGCACGAGUCUCGCAUGGUGUUGGAAGCCGGCCAAAAAGUGAAAGAUCUGGAGGAGGCUCUGUCUACAGAGAGGGAGCGGACCCAGAACAAGGAGGAGAGGGUACGCCAAACCAUGUCGGCCAGCAAAAAGAGGAAACGUCCGAAGGACAGCGAGGGUUUGAGCUUGCCUCGACCUAAAGUCGCCCAGCAGGUCACUGUGGAUGAGCAGCAGGCCACUGUGGAUGAGCAGCAGGUCACUCUGGAUGAGGUGGACUCGUACGGCAAAUAUGUCAGACUUCGCAAUACAGUUGAUGAGGAUCAGAAUUUGGGGAACUGGCAGGUGAAGCUCCAGAUUGGAUCUUCUGCUCCCAUCGUAUUCAAGUUUGCCGCAGAAUUCAUCCUGAAGGCCCACGAGAGUGUCACGAUCUGGGCGGCUGACGCUGGCCGAAACCACAAUCCUCCCUCUGAUCUAGUCUGGGAGACACAGUCCAACUGGGGACCCGUAGGCCAGGUCCACUUUACCUUGAUCAACGCCAACGGAGAGGAAAUAAGGAUGAGCAAAGCCACUGGCGCACGUUUGGAAGAUGAUGAUGGAAAUUCCACUUCCACCGUGGGAUAGAGGAAAUGUAAUUUCGGUUUCUUGUGUGUCUUGACAUAUGAAGGGAUUGACAAUAAAGCAGACUUUGACUUUUGACAUGGUCACAUUAUAAAAAUAUUGUAUAACAAUACAAUUGAAUGGGCUUUUUUUAAAUAAAAUCUGCUCCGACCUGUACUGAAAUUUAAUUGAAAUAAUUGAAAUAAAGUUGUUGUUCUUUAAAAAUGA